UUCCGUUGUCGGAGUUGCCAUAUGUAGCCGGCUUUAGAGUGUGGUUGAUACUAUCAGAAAUUGCGCAUGUAGUUUACACAGUUUAUGACAGAUAAUCGUAUCGUAUGUUUGAAUUAAUAUGUUUCGGGUUCGAAAUAACAUGAAUCUAUGGCUGGUUUUAUUAGUGUCUAGUCAGUUAUUGAUUGGAGAAAUAUGGGGUAAUGUGAUAGUGGUCAAUCUGGAGCCAAAUGAGGAGGACGUUCUCCCUUUUAAUGUUCCCAAAAAACAAGCAGAUGUAAUAAAAUCCAUUUUGCAAAUGUAUAGAAACAGUUUGAUUGUUUUUCCAGAGUUUGAUUUAUCCAAAUGGGGGAUUGCCACAGAUGGGAGAGACCAUGUUCACAAUUACGUAACGCCCAUUCCUAAAGAAGAACUCUGUAACAAUGCGCAGGAUUUUAUGAGAGACAUAUUUUGCGCUCCAAAUAAUAAUGCUAUUCUAUUACAUAUAAUUGAAGAGAGUGGCGAUAAAUAUUACUCUUCGAUGGUAUACGUAGCCAAUUCAACAUUGAAACAAAUAAUAAGAAAGAAAGAAAACUACCAUAAUAGUAUCCUUGAUCCAUACACUGAGGCGCAAAAUAAUAUAAUUCAAUAUAAUGACAUGAACAUUACAGUUAUAAUGGGAUUUGACAUUUUAGAUAUGAAAAAGCCAACAGAUGAUGUUAUUUAUAUAAACAAUAUUUUUAAACCUAUUUUGCCAUUUUUCUUAGAUGUAAGUUUGAUGUCUGGACUUUCAAAGGUUUACAAUGUUGAUGUCCAAGCACCAAAUUACGAUUAUAGCGGCAGUCAUAGACAGAGUGUUGUUCAUAUAAAUGCAAAAACAGGCUUACAGGAAAAUGAAUACAAGGUGAAAAAAGAGAUGAAUUACUACGAUAUCGAUAAAAAUAAUUUUACACUGCAGAAAAUCACGGAAAAUAGCGCAAAAAUAGAGUCUUGUGAAGUUAAUAUUGAAAAUGGUGACACAACCAACUACAGAUUAGUUUGGUUCAGAGGAGAAUACGAAAUUAAUCUUAAAUUACGCAAUUUAACUGUUUGUGCUCUGGUAAAAACUACGAGCGAUAAUGGUUCAUUGACAAUAAAGUUGGACGAACCCAAACCUAGUAGUUUUGGUAAAAUCACUUUAAUACUUAAGACAAGUAAGGAAGAAUACCCGUUGCCGACUACGUUAACCGCUAACAUGAUGCCAGUCAAAAAUUACGAAUUUAAAUCUACUGACACAGGUUUUGAAUUAUCUGCAGAUGAUGCAGAAUCGUUAAUAAGCUUCGGCUUCAUAUUGGGAAAUGUUAAUCACAGUUCUUAUUUAGAUGGACGACUUGGAGCUAUAUAUUGGAUUGUCCUUAUAUUUGUGCGACUUCUCAUAUAAUUAGCAUGUACAUUUUAAAUUGUGAAUGAAAAUUUUAAAUUGUUAUAUAUUUAUAACUGUGUAAAGAUUAAGACUUUCGAUACCAUUGUUUUCAUGUCUAUAGUUGUUCGUGUUUAUAGGUCGACGUUUGUUGGAAUUAGGUCUGAUUUGGCCGUUCUUAUCUGCUUAGCGAUUUUGCUGUUUUAUGGAUGUUUUAAUAAGAUUUUUCUAAUUCUAUCGGUAACUUUACAUAUAUAUGGGACCAAUCGUGGGUUCACCAGGUGCACUUUUCACUAGGAUAUCUAAAAAAGGUAUUUGGUUUUCCUUCUCCAAUUCCUGUGAAUUUGAUAUUAUUAUGUUGAAAGUCUGUUGCUUUAAACGAAACAGCUUUCUGUAAGGUAUAUCUUAUGAUGAUAUUUCUGAUCAUCAUCAUCAGGAUUCAUUGACAGGAAACUGACAAGUCUAUCUUCUACCUCAAGAUGUAAUUUGAUAAAGGUUGGGGUGUUUCCAAUUGUAGCAUACUUAUAUGUUGGUGUCCCAGGAGUACUAACGAUGGGUCGGAGUGGUACAUUAUCCUUAUGUAUUUUGGACAGACCAUAUAAGCGAGGUGGAAGCGCUUCUGAUUUGAUUAAUUGUUUUUGGAAAUCCGCUGGUAGGGAUGUGUUUCUUAGCCUUCUGUAUAUUGGAUCUUUAGCUAGUUCUCGAUAGCCUGUCGGGAUCAGUAGUUCUUAAAUCUUGUUUUUGUAAUCCUGAACACGCACUGAGAUAAAAUUCCAAGAUACACAAUUGCUUGCCUCGACAACUGGAUAUCACAAUAGAAUGAUUAGGGCAGCAAUUGAAAUUCAUAAACACGGAAUCAACUUCAUCAGAAAAAAAGAAGCAUUGAAGCUUCACAAAAUAUGGCCACCAGUGUUUAAAAGCACCAAAAUCGCUAAGCAGAUAAGAACGGCCAACGAACAGAACGAAAUUUCUAGAACAUCAGUUGUCUAAGUUGUCAUUUAGUUGUCAAUAAGAUUUCAAAGUGACAGGAACUGAAUCAGACUGAAGAUGCUACUCACUCAUGCCAGCGAAACGUCAGGAAAUAAUUCCAACCAACGUUGACCUAUAAACCCGAACAACUACAGAUAUGGAAUUAUAAUUGUAAUAUAAUAUCUUAAAAUUAAUUAUAACUGAAAAUGCACUCAUUUAUAGACUUUAAUUAAUUUUAAAAACUACUAUUAAACUGUAAUAUGUCAAAAUAAUAUAUAAUUAUUUUUUUACUAUCCCUUUUGUCUUGAUUUAUGUUUUUUGAAAUUUUGAAAGAUAAAACAAUCAAAAUUC